GCUCCGAGCAGAAGCUCACCGAUCAUAUGCCUGGACCUGAACGACGGAAUGGAAAUGGUCGUGACAGAGAACGGCAAGAGCACGGAGUAUCUGGACAGCCCAGCCCUGUGCAAACCAGGACACCACUUGGUGGCCACUGCAAUGCAGAUGGCUGAUGACACGUGGUAUGGCAACGCGGACAACUCGUCGCUGGUGGAUUACGUAUGCAUCCCAGAGGCCCUGGCAAGAUGGGAGACCAGCUGCGGGACCUUGGCCCGCCUGGGCCGGCCGAUACAGCAGAUGCCGAGCAAGCAGCGACGCGACCACCUGCCAGUCCAUGUGAACUUAAGCAUGCCGACCAUCAGCGAGCUACGCAAGCAUGAUGCUACCCCUACCUGGAGCGCAGAGGCAAUGAUGCAGGCGUACAUGGGCACGGACAUAGGCACCAAGCGCGCCUUCGUCGGGGACAUGGAGGCGACGCUUGACCAGAAUUGGGACGAGUUUUUGGAUCUGGCAGACCGUACGUCUGCAGAUUUUUUGAUUGAGAAAUUAGAGCAGAUUAUGAUUAAUGCUGGGCAGCAGUAUUUUGCACGAGAUCCUGGAUGGGAUGAACGCUACAAGGACCAGACGGUGGAAUGCAGGCGACACAGAUGCACGAUUGGGACCAAUGGCGCAGUGAACGGCAACCACAGGGCGCCGAGCCAGCAGUACUUGAAGAACGACUACGGCGGGCUGCGGUUCGAGACCUUCGACGGCUGGAGC